AAACCAACACCUGCCACUUAUUUGUUGUCAUUCUCACCCCAAUCGGCACUGAGAUGCUAGACUGAUGACACUUUAUACAAUAUACCAUUUGUUGUGAACUGAUCCUGAUUUAGGAAUUUCAUUGUAGUUGUGCAUGUAGUGCAAACACACACGCACACAUGGAACUGUCCCUUAUUUUUGCCUUAUGCCUGGGUGGGUGUGUUCGUGUAUACAGUGCCAUGAAAAAGUAUUGGCUCCCUUCUCAAAUUCUUAUAUUUUUGGAUAGUUUCUCCACUUUAAGAUCAUCAAAUAAAUGUAAAUAUCAGACAAAUAUAACUCAAGUGAAAUUAAAAUUCUACUUUUAAAUGAUUUAAUUUAUUAAGGACAAAAAACUAUUCAGUUACCUGUCCCUGUGUGGAAAAAGAAAUGGCCCCCUAAACCUAAUAACUGGUUGGGUCAUCCUCAGCAGCAACAACUGGAAUAAAGAAAUCACCUGGAAAUUAGUCUUUCACAUCUCUGUGGAGAUAUUUUGGUCCACUCUUCCCUGCAGAAUUGUUUGAAUUCGGCAAAAAUUGAGCGUUUUCGCGCAUUAACGCUGUUGCUCAUACCACUGCAUUUCAAUCGCAUUAAAGUCUGGACUUUGACUUGGCCACUCCAAAACUUUUUUUUUUUUUUAGCCAUUCAGAACUUGAUUUGCUGGUGUGUUUUGGAUCGUUAUCCUGUUGCAGAACCCAAGUGCGCUUCAGCUUGAGGUCACCAAGUGAUGGCCGAACAUUCUCCUUUAAGGAUUUUCUGUUAAAGAGCGAAUUCAUGGGUCCAUCAAUCAAAGCAAAGCAAGUUGUCCAGGUACUGAAGGAGCAUAGCAGCCCAAGACUAUCACACUACCACAACUGUUAACUGUUAAUAUGAUGUUGUUUUUCUGAAAUGCUGUGCUACAUUUACACCAGAUGUAAUGAGACACACACCUUCCAAAAAGCUCAACUUUCAUUUAAUCAGUCCAUAUAAUAUUCUCGCAAAAGUCUUGGGAAUCAUUCAGAUGUUUUUUUUUUUAAUGUUUUUUUAUUUUUUGGCGAAAGACAAGCCUUUAUGUUCUUUUUGGUCAGCAGUGGUUUUCGCUUUGGAACUCUGCCAUGGAUGCCAUUUUUGCCCAGUCUCUUCCUUAUUGUUAUGUCAUGAACACUGACCUCAACUGAGACAAGGGAGGCCUGCAGUUCUUUAGAAGUUGUCCUGAGGUCCUUGGGUCAUUGGUGUUCUCUUGGGGUAAUCUUUGUAGGCCGGCCACUCGUGGGAAGGUUUACCACUGUUCCAAGUUUUCUCCAUGUAAGGAUAAUGGCUCUCCCUGGGGUUCGCUGCAAUCCUAAAGGUUUAGAAAUGGCUUUUGUAACUCUUACUAGACUGAUAGAUGUCUAUUACUUUAUUUUUUGACUGUUCUGGAAUUUCUUUGGAUAGUGUCAUUUUGUUUAAUCUUUUUUUGGAUCUUUUCUCCGACUUGAUUUUGUCACGACAGAUUCUCUUUCAGUGGUUGCUUGAUUGAACAGGUCCAGAGGUAAUCAGGGUUAGGUGUGAUACGGGAAAAUUAACCAAAAAUUGCGGUUAGCCACAAUUAUUCAUGAUUUAACAAGGGGGGGGGUCAUAACUUUUUAACACAGGGCCAAGUAACUUUGAAUAUUUAUUUCUUAAUAAAUUAGAUCAUUUAAAAACAGCAUUUUAAGUUCACUUGGGUUAAAUUUGUAUUUACAUUUUUUUGAUGAGCUUAAAGUGGGGAAACUAUGCAAAAAUGUAAGAAUUUGAGAAGGGGGCAAUACUCAAUACUUCCACAGCACUGUAUGUGUUUACUGCUUUUGUGUGUCUGUGUGUGUGUGUGUGUGUGUGCGUGUGACUUGGCUUGGUUGUGUGCGUGUGAGCGUGACUUGGCUUGCUUGUGUGCCUGCACCUCUGCUUUUGUGUAGGACUCCUUCGUGGUGGUGGUCUCCCUGUCGAGUGGCCGUGUUCUGCAUGCAUCCGAGCAGGCUCCCAGCAUCCUAUGCUGCAAGAGGAAGUUCCUUGAGUCGGCCAAAUUUGUUGAGUUGCUCUUCCACCAGGAUGUAAACGUCUUCUACUCGCACACGGCACAGCCUCAUCUCCCGCCCUGGACCAACUCGCACACAGGUGUGCUUGUGACACAAGUAUUUUAUUUUUUUUAAAUUACCUCCACCAAGCGCAAAUGCACCAAGAUGAGAGGUAUUGUGGAGAGGUGGAACGUGGACCAUGGAAUAACCCAUUUACUUUUGCGGGGGUUCUAUUUGACUCUGCCCAGGUCAAAUCUUUCUUCUGCAGAAUCAGAGGUGGCAAGGAUCGUGAGGGUGAGAUGCGCUACAACCCAUUUCGUGUCACACCUUACCUGCUGAAAGUGCAGGGAACGGGGAGCAGUGGGGUGGAGGAAGAACAGUGCUGCUUGGCGCUGGCUGAACGCAUUAUUUCUGGAUAUGAGGCACCUCGAAUCCCCAUGGACAAGCGCAUCUUCACCACCACACAUUCGCCCGGCUGUGUGUUCCUCGAGGUGGACGACAGGGCAGUGCCAUUGCUGGGGUACCUUCCUCAAGAUCUGAUUGGCACAUCACUGCUAACGAGCAUUCAUCCAGACGACCGUGCCCUCUUGCUGUCUAUGCACCGAAAGGUGUUAAAGUAUGCAGGUCAGCCACCGUUUGAACACUCGCCGGUUCGAUUGCGCUGUCAGAAUGGAGACUACAUCACGUUGGACACCAGCUGGUCCAGCUUCAUCAACCCUUGGAGCCGGAAAGUGGCCUUCAUCAUAGGACGCCACAAAGUCAGAACAAGUCCACUGAAUGAGGAUGUGUUUGCUGCCCCGAGUAAAGUGGAUUUAACUGUGACCCAUGAAGAAAUUAAAGAUUUGCAAGCCAAGAUCUAUAAACUCUUCUUGCAGCCUGUUCAUAACAACGGUUCCAGUGGGUAUGGCAGUUUAGGAAGUAACGGGUCCCAUGAGCAUUAUAUCAGCGUAGCUUCUUCGAGCGACAGCAAUGGUAACUUGUGGGAGGACUCGCACCGGGAACCCAUGUCACUUCAGCAAAUCUGUGCAGAUGUGAAUAGAGUCAGGAAUUGGAGGCAACAGUCCCAUUUUGAUUCCAGCCACAAAAUUGCUCUUCUUCGAAAACCCACCCCAGCACACUUGAUUCCGAUAGCCUCCAAUCGUGAAGUGAGGGAUCCUGAAGAAAGCAGGAAACAAACACACAUUCCCUCCUACCAGCAGAUCAACUGUGUGGACAACAUCAUUAGAUAUUUGGAGAGCUGUACUGGCCCAGCUCUGAAAAGGAAGAGCGAAAUUCAUUCCCUAGCCACUUCUUCUUCCUCAUCCUCUACCUCUGAAGAUGACAAACCUGCCAGAGCCAAUGACACAGCUCAAACUGUUUCAGAUGUGGCGAUGUUGGAAAGUGAAGUGUCGGUCGGUCCAAGCACAGCAGCUGUUGUUGGAGCUCCUCUGACAGACAUCACCAUGUCCACUAAGGCAAUGAGUGUGGUCUCUGUGACCAGUCAGUGUUCAUACAGCAGCACCAUCGUCCAUGUGCCCCAACCUGAAUCAGAGGCAACAGCCCUUGAGGACGUGCCAAUGGGAAGCGAGCCCACUGAUCCUGCUCCAGCCCCGCUCCGUCCUGCACCUUGUCCUGCAACUGAGGAGCGAAGAUUUGUAGGUCUCACCAAGGAGGUGCUUUCAGCUCACACGCAGAAGGAGGAGCAAGAGUAUGUGGACCGAUUCCGCAAUCGUAUUCUUCAGAGCCCCUACAGUUUCUAUCUCCAGCUGGACAACAGCUCCAUGGCUCACUCCCAACACAGAGGUGAAUAUCCACAUACAAUGCACAUUGGUGGGCUGAACCGCUCGCGAAGAGUAAAGCCCAGACUUAAGCGCCCCAAACCCCUCGGCUCAUCAGACAGCUAUGCCUCUCCACCUGGACCCCCUCGUCGUGUCCUGGACUCCUCCUGGCCCUCCUCAGAAUCCUCCCAGCCACAGAUGGCAGUGCCCUACAGUCAAGCGUCCCCACUUCAAGCGCCAUUCUUUCCCAUGUUGACGAGCCAACCAACCCCAGAGCAACCGCCAAGACUGCAACAGCUACCUGGAGCCACUCCUGUGGUGGUGCAGCCCCCCGAUCAGACCCAGCUCAACUACAACUUCCACCUCAUGCCGCAAAACCAGAACCUGCCAGGCAUUCAACAUAUCCAGAUGGAACCCUUCCAGAAUCUGCAGAAUAUCCCCAAUUUUAACAACAUACAGCCGAUGGCUCCAGCCCAGAGUAUCAAUCCCUUCAUGACACCUGUCAUGGCUGUCAUCCUGCCCAACUACCCAAGUUUCACAUCAGGUUAUCCAUCUAUUUACUCCCCCUCCCCUAACUCCAUGCUGCCCCAGGCACCCAUCACUAUGGAAGGAUUCACCCCUGCUGCCCCCUUCCCGCAACCCCAGUUCCAAGCCCAGCCUGUGCCCCAAACACAGACCUCCCCUGGUCCCCCGCUAGGCUCACCCGGGGCCUGCUCCUCUGUCGAGGAGGUGGAGGAGACAGCAGACCCGCGUGCGUUAUUCUCCAGCUCACGCUCAAGUUCUCCGCUUCAGCUCAACUUGCUGCAGGAGGAACUGCCAAAACCAAAGGAAUUACAGAGCAGCACUGGACACAACAUUGCAGAAAGCCUUCAUGAGCAGGCUGACAAUGAGGGUGAUGCCCCGAGUGAUUCUGGGAACCAUGAUGCUCAGUCCACAUCCAGUGAGCUGCUUGACCUCCUGCUGCAAGAAGAUGCACGGUCAGGGACUGGCUCCAAUGUCUCUGGGUCUGGAUCAGGGGAGUCUGGAGGCUCACUGGGAUCUGGAUCUGGCUCCAAUGGAACCUCUACCUCGCUCACUGGCAGCAGCAACAGCAGCAAAUACUUUGCCAGCAACGAUUCCUCAGACACAUCACGCAAAGCCCGCAAGAACCAGGAAGCGCCAGCAGAGCACCAACACAACUUCGACAAUCAUGUGGAGAGUUCACUGUGGAGCAUGAUCCAGCACACGUCAGAGCCUGUCAUGAUGACAUACCAGAUCCAUACCAGGGAGCAGACUGAGGUGUUGGCUGAGGACAGGGAGAAGCUGCGAGCGCUUCAGCCUCUCCAGCCUUGGUUCACCCACGAUCAGCGAGAGGAACUGGCCCUUGUCCAUCCCUGGAUUCAGCAGCACACCAUCCCACAAGAGAUAGACACUCAGGGUUGUGUGACCUGCAGCGCCAGUGCAGGAGUGGCCCAUUCACCUCAGCCCCCAGACAGCUCUUCCCCUAUGGAGGUCCUGGAGCCGGACUCCAUUGUGGACACUUGAAAGCUGUGACCCCAAAGUACUAUCCACCCUCGACAACUCCCACCCUGCAUCUUUUCUGAUCAGGCCAGAGAAUUUGUUCUCUGUGCGUUAGUCUAGCUAGAUUUGUAAAGGGGGCAAGAGAUACUGACAUUUAAUUUUACAGGUAUUUACGCUGGGUCAGCCUAAAGUAACUCCUGUCAUGGGACCAUGACUAUUAUACCUCUCCGUGUUGUUUUGUAAGUAUAUCCUCCAGCUACCAGAUGCGUAUUUCAAGAAGGCCGCUUGGUUGCUGCCCCCUGAACAUGAACCCUGUGCACGCACACUGCGCCAGCAGGUCAGGUUUGACCAUGUGACAGGACAAAGACCAUACUGGUCCAAGUACCAGGACACACGUGACACACUUCAGUGACAAUGGAAUACAAGUUGAAAGACUAUUUUAGGAAGUGGGUCUCAUUGUAAAUGUCCCCUGAACAUGAGCACUGUGCGCACAAAGACAUUGCUGCCCCAGUUUGUGAAUCCCAACACAAACCAAGCACUUAAUGUACAUGGUGUACACAUUAACUCCUUCAGUGACAUAAUGUCAUAUCAUGGAGGACACAUGGUAGAUUGUUUUGAGAUGUUUGUCUGGAUACAAAGAUGUGCUGCUUUCUGUCAAAUAAUGCUCUUAUUGGUUCAAUUGCUGCUGGAGUGUCAUCUGUGUAUCCCAUAUUGUUUGAUUGUCUGUCGUUGAGACGUCCGUUGUGUUAUGUGGACUCCCAAACAACAGCAGAUACACUAUGAUGAUCAUUUCAACAAGAAUCUACAGCGCCCGAAUUAUGUGCUUUCUCGCCUCAACAAUCCUGCCCUAUCCUAAACUCACUAUACCAAGUACAUGUGCUAGGAUUACGGACAUAUUCCUUCUUGUGUGUGUGUGUGUUUCCACUCGACUCUGAAUGUUGUAGCUAGUUUCCUGCCACUCUUAAGUGACUGCGUGACUGCUGCUUCCUUCCAAACAGUGGCCCAUCUGUGCAAAACCAACCUGGUUUUCUUACCAAUUUUAGACUGAGAUUAUAUAGAACAGUAUCAUGUUUUCGUAGGAGAGAGAUUCACAAAACUUCAGUGUAUAAAAGCCAUUUGUCUUGAAUUCAGGGACUGUUUGUGACACAAAGGAAUGAAUAAAUGAAAUAUGAUGUCUAA